AUGGUUAAAACUAAGAGGAAGGAGAUAACUAAGUUUGAUGUUCCAAGAUUGUGGGGUUAUAGUACUAUGGGUUGGGAAUAUGUGGAGUUUGCAGGGACUUUUGGGGAUUUGCUGUUAAUUUGGGAUGAUGACAUGUUUAAAUCCAACAAUUGUUAUAAAGGGGAGAGGUGGUUGUGCGUUGAAGGAGUAUUGACGAAAACCAAUUUUAGUUGGGCUUUUUGUUUGGUGUAUGGGGAGCAUAGGAGGGAGGAGAAGCGAGUAGUGUGGGAGGAGUUGAGUUAUAUUGUGGGUCUGAGUCAGGUUCCUUUCUGUUUUUUGGGGGAUUUUAAUGAGAUGUUACAUGUUGAAGAACGCAAAGGGACUAAUAGUUUACCGGUAUCAGCGGAAGAGUUCAAGAAUUGGGUACAUGAUAUGCAGUUGAUGGAUUUACCUCUUAAUGAUAGGAAGUUCACGUGGUUCAGGGGUCGAUCUUGUAGUCGGAUUGAUAGAGUUUUGGUCAACAUUGAGUGGACUGAGAAAUUUUCUGAACUUCGACUAAAAGGUAGGCCAAGAAGGCUGUUAGAUCACUACUCGUUGAUUGUGGAAGAUAAUAGAGUAGGUGGUGGUCCACGACCUUUCAGAAGCCUCGAUUCCUGGUUUACGCAUGAGGAUUUUUCUGAGGAUGAUUAA